UUAGUUUGGCGGCUAUACGUCGAGAGUACGCGAAACAUGGUGAAACAUUUAUCCAUUGCUUUGGCCGUGGCCAUAUUGGGCUUUGCCUCCGUUUCGUUGGCCCUGAAGGCUCGCUAUGACAAUUACCAUGUCUAUCAGGUGCAACCACAGACCUUGGAACAAUUGGAUUUUAUUAAGCAGUUGGAAGGUUCAAGGGACUCGUAUAUUUUCCUGGAUGCUGUACACUAUAUGAAGGCGAAAAUUAAUGUGAUAGUAGCUCCCCACAAAGUGCCAGACUUUGUGAAUUCUAUGGAAAACCAUGCCAUAGCCUAUGAGCUCAUGGAUACCAAUGCUCAGGCCCAAUUGGAGGACAAUGAGGUGGCCGAUCCCAAGAGACGCAGUGGCGAUUAUGAGUGGACCGAAUAUCAUGAACUGGAGGAUACUUAUGGAUGGUUGCACAGUUUGGCCGAGAAGUACCCUGAGCUAGUGUCUGUGUUCAAGGCUGGCAGCAGUUAUGAAAAGCGUGACAUUUUGGGUGUAAAGCUCUCCUAUGGACCAGGCAGGAAGGGUAUCUUCAUAGAGGGAGGUAUGCAUGCCCGCGAAUGGAUUGGCCCUGCCACCGUCACUUACAUGCUUAACCAAUUGUUGACCAGCAAGGAUAAGGAUGUGCGUCUAAUUGCCGAAAAUUUUGAUUGGUACAUAUUGCCCCAUGCCAAUCCCGAUGGCUAUGUCUAUACCCACACCACCGAUCGCUUGUGGCGCAAGACUCGCACCCCCUAUGAGGGCGAUUGCUUUGGUGCCGAUCCCAAUCGUAACUGGGACUUCCAUUGGAAUGAGGUGGGAGCCAGUGAUAAACCCUGCUCCGAUACUUUUGCCGGACCCUAUGCCUUCUCCGAAAUAGAAACCAAAUCCCUUGCUGAAUACAUUGCCAGCGAGUUGAAGGGCAAGAUCCACCUAUACGUCUCCUAUCACUCCUAUUCGCAAUUGUUGCUCUUCCCCUAUGGCCAUACCAGUGAGUUGCCUCCAAAUUAUACCGACUUGAAACGCAUCUUUGAUGUGGCCGUUGAAGCGGUUGCCGAACGUUAUGGCACCAAAUACACUGGAGGAAAUAUCUAUGAUGCCAUCUAUCCCGCAGCUGGAGCCAGUGUGGACUGGGCCUAUGGUGAGCAGGAUGUCAAGUAUGCCUUCUGCUAUGAAUUGCGUCCUUCCAGCUUGAACUUCUGGACUGGAUUCAAAUUGCCCGCUGCUCAAAUUAUUCCCACUGCUGAAGAGUCCUUGGAUUCCUUGGUGGCCAUGGUCAAGGAAACUGGUAUUACGAAAUUUUUGCAAAAAGUGAUGGCCUUUAAACUUAACCUAGUUUUGGGUUUCUGCCUGCUGGCAGUGACCUUCGUUGCAGGAGAACGUGCCCGCUAUGACAACUAUCGCAUCUAUAGCGCCACUGCCUCUAGCGAAGCUGAAUUGGAGGUGCUCAAGCAAUUGGAUGGCUCCAGUGACUCCAUUAUGUUCUUGGAUGGCAUUCACUUUGUGAACAAGCCCCUCAAGGUUGUGGUGGCUCCCCACAAGGUUCCCGAUUUCUUGGAAAUUAUGGGCACCAAUGAAAUUGAAUACGAACUGAUGGAAUCGAACUUGCAAAGCCAUUUCGAACACGAAGAGGAUGAGGUGGCCCCCUCCAAUCCCAAUGCUCGUGCCGAAACUUAUGCCUGGAACAAAUACCAUCAAUUGGAUGAUACCUACAGAUGGAUGCAGCAAUUGGCCCGCGACUACCCUGGCAUGGUUACCGUUAUUGAAGGUGGCAAAACUUAUCAGGGCCGCACCAUUUUGGGUGUUAAGAUCACCAAGAGCAAAACCGAAAAGCCUGGAAUUUUCUUAGAAGCUGGUAUUCAUGCCCGCGAAUGGAUUGCCCCUGCCACUGCUACCUAUAUCAUCAACCAAUUGUUGACUUCCGAGGUGGAGAGCGUUAAGCAAUUGGCUGAUAACUACACCUGGUAUGUGUUCCCCCAUGCCAAUCCUGAUGGCUAUGUCUACACCCACACCACCGAUCGUAUGUGGCGCAAGACCCGUAAACCCUAUGGCAACUGCUUUGGUGCUGAUCCCAACCGCAAUUGGGGUUUCGAAUGGAACACUGUAGGUGCCAGCAACAAUCCCUGCACCGAUACCUAUGCCGGUCCUGAGGCCUUCUCCGAAAUUGAAACACGCUCCUUCUCCGAAUACAUCAAGUCUUUGGAGGGCAAGAUUGCUUUGUACAUCUCUUUCCAUGCCUACUCCCAGCUCUUGUUGUAUCCCUAUGGCCAUACCGGUGAUUUGCCCGAAAACCAUGAGGACUUUGAGCGCGUCUUCGAUGUCAGUGUUGCUGCCAUUCAAAAGCGUCAUGGCACCAAAUACAUUGGAGGUAACAUUUACGAUGCCAUCUAUCCUGCUGCUGGAGCUAGCAUUGACUGGGCCUAUGCCAACGUGGGCACUAAAAUGUCUUUCUGCUAUGAAUUGCGUCCCUCUGGCAAUAAUGCUUUGGUCGGUUUCAAAUUGCCCGCUGCUCAAAUCAUUCCCACUGGCGAAGAGACUUUGGACUCGAUUACCGCCAUGGUCCAAGAGGUUCAAAAAUUGGGUUAUUUCAAGAACUAAGAAAACUUUUGGAUUUGUAAAGAUAUUAAAAAAUAAAAUUUAUUGAGUAAAAAGUUAA